GGCACCACACCAUACGAGAUCAAGGAUUCGACUUCAAGUUCAGACCUUUUGGCAAACCUGCCUUUGAUCCUCGGCCGUGUCUCAGCAUACGCCUUUCUGGACGCGUAUCUAAUGGUUUUCUCAAACUUCCUGUUCUUCCUUUUCUCUUUAUACCUCAAAACCCGAGCCUCCCGAUCCAGACCUGAAACUGGGACAGGAACAGCUUCGGAUUUUCCCAAGCUGUCCGAUACAUCGCCCAUGGCGCCUGUGUGGUCUGGGACCACUCCCACCUCCAUCGAUGAAGAGGAUACCUGGAAGAAGAGAAUUAGGAAGCUUACACUCUGGCUAAGGGAUUGUGCGGCUUGGGGAUGGGGUAAUCCAUAUCAUAGGUGGGGAACCCAUCCACAACGGGCCCUGGAUAGUGGCCCGGCCCGAACUCGGCCUUGCUCUGCACCGGCACGACCCCGUCGGCAGAAUACUGUUUGUUCUCAUCGUUCCCAGCGGCCUUCUGUUCGCCGGAGAGUAGAUCCAGAUCCAGAUACGGAUCCACGUCGCGGACUUGUACUCGCGCGAUUCGGACUCCUCGCCCUCCUCCGGCUGGUCGCCGGCGUUGGGAAGGAGGAGCCAGGAGGCGGCCUCGGCCUCCUCCUCGGAGAAGUCCUGGGCGGCGGGCUUGGCUGCGGCGGCGGCUGCGGAGUCGUAGAAGGGGGCAAGAGGGAGGCGCUCGUGGCGGCGGGCGAGGGGGUUGGCGGAGUGGAUGUCGCGGUCGCAGGCGGGGCAGAGGGCGGCGGCGUCGGCCUUGCAGGAGACGGCGGCGGGGGACUGCUCGCAGACCUCGCAGACCCAGACGCGCGCGUGGCGGGACGCGAGCUUGUUGGCGGCGUGGAUGUUGGCGUCGCAGGAGAGGCAGAGGAAGGCGGAGUCGGCGCGGCAGAACACGGUGGACGGCGCCGCCUUGCACGAGUCGCAGACCUUCGCCGUCAGGCUCCAUGUUUCGCCACCCAU